AUGACCACACAGACCACCGUCACCUCGACCACUCCUACAGCCACCUCGCUCACGGAGACUGGCACCACCGUGACCAUCAACCACGAUGCCGCCGUCAGCGGCAUCAACGCCCUGGACGAAAGGGUGCUGUUCUUCGUCGCCAGCCUGGGCGCCUGCGCCGUGACCAUGUUUUUCGUGCUCGUGGUCGUGAUGGUCUGGUGGAGGCACGUGGAUCGCGCGCGAGAAGAGCACGAGGACCCGACGCGCGACGAGCCUCCGGAGGCGAAUGCCCAGAGUGCCGAGCCCGAGCCCGACCUGCAGAAGCCGCCAGGAUUCCUCACCGACACCUUCGAGCGGACGAGCGACCAGGAGAUCCUGGAGGUCUUCGACGACCGCCCGCAGCGCCGCCACGACGCGCCCGGCGAGUCCGACGCCGACAGCCUCGCCAGCGGCGAGGCGGCCGGCGGGGCCACGGAGGCAGAGCUGGGCGGCGGCGCCCCGAAGGUGCGGCUGCCGUCCGUGUGCAGCCACGCGAGCAGCGGCAAGUCGGCGGCCGUGGCCAGGCACAACAAGAUCCCGGAGCUCUGGGAGGAGGAGGGCGGUGCCGGCCGGCCUCCGUCGGCACAGGCGAUGGAGUAUCUGACCGACGCCUGCAUGCUCUCCCUGCAGAUGUGA